UUUAUUUUUUAAUUCUAAUUUUUCUUUCGUCCAUUUUCUCUCCUCGUUGUAUCCUCUUCUCUCCCUCGAGUUUCCAUUCUGUUGUUUCGGAGAAAUUUUAGGGUUUUUUCUGAGUCCCGUCUCGCUUGGUUCGGUCGCGAUCUUUGGAAUCUAGUCCACAGCUGGCAAGAACGAAGUUUCCUCCGGAUUCAGCGAGAUUCAGGACUCUCUUUGGGGAAUUUUAUCUUCUUCUUCUUCUGCCGUGGUUUUGGUUCCGGGUCUGGACUUGUUGGUUCUUCAAUUGAUUGCCAUUGGAAAAAAGGUGGAAUUUUUUUGAUUGAUAGCUGGGUUUCUUUUGGGCUUCAGUGUUGCAAAGGUUUGACAAGGAUAAGGUUUAUUACUUGAGGGGUUGUAGUAGUUCUAGAAGCUAUAAUUCUAUUUCACUUCAAAGGAUAAGAGAAGAGAGACAUUGUUCAAGUCCGAGUCGAUCUUUGCUUUGUGAUGGUUUGUGUUCAUCUUGCUUCAGGUAUUUGGGGCAAGUUUUAGCUUUUGAGCUUGCCCUUUUUUUGUUUUGUUUUGUUUUGUUUAUGAUCCAUAAGAAUGUGGCAAAUGUUGGAACCCUAUUGUUGUCUGAAAGUUGGGACCUUUCCAAUUGAAAGGUCAUAUCUUCUGGUUAACCGCAAUUAUAUUGCUCUCUGAUUUCGUAGAGAUUUCUUCUUACUUGUUCUUCUGCAUUGCCUCCGCUUAGUCCUAGAAGACGAUAUAGGAGGAAUACAUAUGUUAUAUUGUCUGUUUACCAGUGUUUCAUCCUCAUCCCUUACAUAUUGGUGAGGAAUCUCAAGACCAACAAGAACCUGCAUUGGAAUUUAGCUUUGAAGAUCUUGUCCAUGAAGCUCUUAGGGUCAGUUGAGUGUAUUCACCACUUAAUGAUUCUCCUUGGACUCAAUGUAUUGCUGUUUGCAUACGAGUAUAAGGCCCAAGCACCAGGUGCAUCUGCUGCGAGUUCAUUGAAUACACUUCUUCAGGAUUAUGCUUACCGUGCUCUGGUUCGCCCCAUCACUGGAGUUACCUACAAUGGUACUGUCCCUAUGAAUCUCACUGGUAUGAGGAUUGCAGCAGUAAGACUCAGGAGCGGGAGUUUGAGAAGGAAAGGAAUAAGCUAUAAGGAAUUUCAGAUCCCACUUGGUCUCAUUGUGCAGCCCUAUGUGGAAAGGCUGGUAUUGGUGUAUCACAAUCUGGGUAAUUGGUCGUCUUUCUACUACCCUCUUCCUGGCUAUACCUAUCUGACUCCUGUUCUUGGACUACUUGCUUAUGAUGCAACAAAUUUGUCCGCCAUAAAUUUGCCAGAACUAAGCAUUGUGGUUUCAGGGUUAUUCAUCUCUAUUAAUUUCACAAGCGUAACUCCUGUUCGCAGUGGUGCCAUAGCUAGAUGUGUGUGGUUUGGUGUAAAUGGCACAUCUAAUUUACAGGAAUUGGCAUCAAGCAAUACCUGUUCUUCAAUAUACGGCUUAGGCCACUUCUCCAUUGUGGUUGACUCUAGCGAGAUAGCUCCUUCAGAAGCACCUAGUUUACUGCCAGGGCCAGGUCCAGGGCCAGUGCCUAGCCCCAGUGGUUCUAAGAACAGCAAUUCUAAGGCAUGGAGAAUUGUUGGGGGUGUCGUUGGUGGUCUUGUGGCUCUAGUUGUCUUAACACUGCUUGUUUUCUGUAUACACCGCGCUAGAAAGAAAAAGAAGAUGGUACAGUUGGAGCAGCAUGCAGAUGCAGGAGUACCUCUGCAAACAGCAAGGAUUGGAAAUACACCGAUUCCUGUGGCUUCAGGGACUCGGACACAGCCACUCCUCGAGAAUGAGCUUGUCGCUUAAUUGAUAUUGCUUUUGCCAAUUAUGGAAUCACUUCAAGGAUGGAGCAUCAUGAACUAGUUGGAGACUGUCUUUUCAGGUGUUUCAUAUGUAAAGAACCAGCAGCCUGCCAUUGCUGUAUUCUACAUUGUCUUGCAUUGGUUGAGAUGGGGUUAAACUUUCAUCAUAGCUUGCGGUAUCCAUUCUUUCUUGUAAAGUUGUUUGUGUUCAAAUGGUUCCAGUCCUUAUUUUUUCACUGUUCCAGUAUUUUGUUGGUUGAAAUAUCUUAUUGCCAUGUAGAAAACCACCAAGAAUAUGACAUUUGUUGCAA